AUGGGAGCAGAGGACCCGACAAGCGAAGGCGCAUCGCCAGCUGCCACGACCGAAAAAUCCAGGUCUGAAGAAAGUUCCGAAGAUGAGCAGUUGACCCCGACAAAAUCCCUCGAACAAACUGUGUCCCUACCACGGGAGGUCUUCGUCAUCGGGCUCAUCUGCAUGGCACAAUGGACGACCCAGAUGGGUCUGGGUCAAUGCAUCGCCAUCUUGCAGGUCAUCUCCGACCACUUCGGAAUCCAAGAUCCAGGCGUGAAAGCCUGGUUGAUCGCGGGCUACAGUCUCACCGUGGGCACUUUCAUCCUGUUCUCGGGACGGAUUGGCGACCUGUUCGGGUGGAAGAAUAUGUUGGUCAUCGGCUAUCUUUGGUACGCUGUGUGGUCGAUCGUCGCUGGGCUCGCCUGGUACUCAAAUCAUGUGCUGUUUGUAUUUGCGAGAAUCUUCCAGGGCAUCGGACCUGCGAUCUGCCUGCCGAACGGGUUGGCGCUGUUGGGCGCUCUGUAUGGACCAUCGAAAAGGAAGAACCUGGCAUUCGCCGCCUUCGGAGCCUGCGCACCUGUUGGUUCCGUCGUGGGAUCAUUAUUUGCUGGCUUAUGGGCCCUGACAUGGUGGCCUUGGACCUUUCUCUCGUUCGGAAUCGCCCUCUUCGUGCUGGCUGCCGCUAGCUACUUCGCCAUUCCAGAUCCGCAGGACACCAAGCCCAGGCUGACGGGAAAGUCGCUAGCUGGUGCUGUCGCUGCUCUUGACUUGCUUGGUGCGACCGUUGGCAUAACCGCACUGAUUCUGUUUAACUUCGCGUGGAACCAAGCUCCGAUCGUCGGCUGGAACAAUCCCUAUAUCAUCGUAACUUUGAUUCUGGGCUGUCUCAUGUUUCCCGCAUUCCUGUGGAUUGAACUCAAGGUCGCCGAUGACCCAUUGAUCCCCAUCGAUGUGUUUACCGCAGAGAACGCUUUCGUCCUGGCCUGCAUCUCGCUCGGAUGGGGUUGCUUCGGCAUCUGGUUCUACUAUCUCUGGCAACUUUUAGAAACCCUACGAGGACUGUCGCCUCUCCUCACGGUUGCCUACCUCUCCCCUCUCACCAUCUCGGGUUCCGUCGCUGCGAUCCUCACCGGUUUAUUCAUCGGUAGACUCGGUCCUGCCUGGGUCAUGGUCAUCGCGAUGUGCGCAUUCCUGGUGGGCACAGUCCUGCUUGCGACGCUGCCAGUGUUUCAAAUAUACUGGGCUCAGAUUUUCGUUUGUGUACUGAUCACGCCCUUCGGCAUGGACAUGAGCUUCCCAAGCGCAACUCUCGUCAUUAGCAACGCAGCAAAAAAGGAACACCAGGGCGUCGCUGCAUCGCUCGUGAGCACUGUCGUCAACUACAGCAUCUCGCUCGGUCUAGGCUUCGCAAGCACCGUCGAGGUGCACACGAACAACGGCGGAAGGACUUUCGAGGACAUUCUACUGGGGUACCGAGCUGCACUAUACAUGGGCGUCGGUCUUGCUGGUUUGGGUGUGCUCGUCGCAAUAAUGUUUGUAUUCAAACGAAAUCGCGACCAGAGCGGCCGACAGCAUUCAGAGAAAGCAAAAAGCGGUGCUUGA